GUUAUUCACGACCAUAGCGACACAGUUGCUGCUGCUGGCAAUUCUGAUCCCUGGCAUGGUUCUGUCGGGGCACCGUCAAGUGGAUAGGCCACAAAAGCCCUUGAGCUGGUGGCAGAGACAAUACUAUCAGAUACGCUGGAAGCAAAGAUUACGUUUCACCACAACACCAGGGCCAGGCGGGAGCCCCGACUCUCAGGACACGCGAAUGGUUUACCCAUGCUACUGCUAUCAUCCGCCCCUAGACGGUGAGUCGACGACGAGCCAAUAUGAGAAGUAUAUGGUUGAGGGCAAGGAGAUAUUUAUAUUGAAUAAAUAGCCAUUUGAGUGAAAUGGAAUUUCAGCACCGGCCGAAUAUGAGAAGUGAAGGAAUGCAAUUUCGAAACAGAUUUGAUAGCGAAAAUUGAAACCAACUUUUGAGGAGAAA